AUGAACACCUAUCUGCUGAUAGAUUCUGAACUUCCUCACAAACAGGCUCCGAGUGGUGAGAGUUGGUCCAGCACCAUUAUCAAGUUUGCAGAUAACACAACCAUCAUAGACUCAUCACAAACAACGACGGCCUACAGAGAGGAGGUGAUGGCGCUGUACAAGUGGUGUCUGGAAAAUAACCUGCCUCUCAAUGUCAGCUGUGAGGAGGACGACAGCUCUGCUGGAUGGACUCUGAGGAGAAACACAAGCAAAGAACAGAGGACUCAGUGUGGAGAUGGGUGGGGAAAACCAGCUGGUUCUUCCUGUAAAAUCGAAUACAUGUACCCAUGGGACAGUGGAGUUUACUGGUGUGAGUCCAGAGAGGGUCCCAUCAGUAACAUGGUUAACCUGACAGUCACUGGUGGAGCAGUGAUCCUGCAGAGUCCUGUCCUCCCUGUGAUGGAGGGAGAUGACGUCACUCUGCUCUGUAAAACAAAGACCACUCCCUCCAACCUCCCAGCUGCUUUCUAUAAAGAUGGCUCCCUCAUCAGGAAGCAGCCUACAGGUCACAUGACCAUCCAGCAUGUUUCCAGGUCUGAUGAAGGCCUCUACAAGUGUGACAUCAGCGGUCAUGGAGAGUCUCCAUCCAGCUGGAUCACUGUCACAGACAAACACACCACCACACCUCCACCUACAUCCACACCUCCUCCAUCACUCUCUCCUCCUAUUCUCUCUGUGUUGUCAUGUGUUGGAUCAUCCUAUGUAGUGGUUCAACUGGUGUUACUGCUUUUGCUGGUGGGACGAUGUGUUCACUGUAAAUGUGAAGCAGAUAAAGAACUUGAAGACGAUGAUGUCAUCACUCACGUGAUGUACAGUUAUGUCAAGGGAUCAGAUCAUCAACAGCCAGUCAGAGACAACAGAGCUUAUCACACAUUUGAUUUGUGUGACAACUGCAAGUGUCCAGAGUGAGGACAGACUGAG